AUGCGGACGGGCAAAGAUGGCGGCCUCGUCGAACAACCCGCGGAAAUUCAGCGAGAAGAUCGCGCUGCACAACCAGAAGCAGGCCGAGGAGACGGCGGCCUUCGAGGAGGUCAUGAAGGACCUCAGCCUGACGCGUGCCCACCGGCUGCAGCUACAGAAAACACAGUAUUUACAGCUGGGGCAGAGUCGUGGCCAGUACUAUGGGGGGUCCCUACCCAAUGUCAAUCAGAUUGGGAGCAGCGCUAUGGAACUGCCCUUUCAGACUCCGUUUCAGUCAUCAGGAUUAGACACCAGUAGGACUACUCGACACCAUGGGUUGGUGGACAGAGUAUAUCGUGACCGGAAUCGCCUAGGCUCGCCACAUCGCCGCCCGCUGUCUGUGGAUAAGCACGGCAGACAGGUGGACAGCUGUCCAUACGGCACUGUGUAUCUGUCGCCUCCUUCGGAUACCAGCUGGAGAAGGACCAAUUCGGAUUCUGCCCUGCACCAGAGUACCAUGGCUCCAGCUCAACCUGAGCCUUUCUCGGGAGGGUCACAGGACAUGCAACAAAAAAGAGUCUUACUGUUGACCGUCCCCGGCAUGGAGGAAAGCACAUCAGAGACAGACAAAAACCUUUCAAAGCAAGGAUGGGAUGCUAAAAAGGCGGGAUCCUCCAGGCCUAAAUCCUGUGAAGUUCCAGGAAUCAACAUCUUUCCAUCGGCCGACCAGGAAAACACUACCACGCUUAUCCCCGCCACUCACAACACAGGCGGCUCCCUGCCAGACCUCACAAACAUCCACUUCCCUUCUCCCCUCCCGACGCCGCUGGACCCAGAAGAGACGACCUUCCCCUCCCUGAGCAGCUCCAACAGCACCGGGAACCUUGCAGCCAACCUAACGCACAUGGGCAUCAACACAGCCAAUCAGGGCAUGACGACGACACAGGCUUCUUCCCAGCAGCACCGGCAGCCGGCAGUCAGCCCCCUUUCGUUGAACACAGACUCCAGGAGGACCCAAUCCCAGCAGGUCUCUCCCACGCUCUCACCUCUGUCGCCAAUAACUCAGGCCGUGGCAAUGGAUGCUCUCUCCCUGGAACAGCAGCUUCCGCCAUAUCCUUUCUUCACUCAAACGAGCGCGCAGCAGCAGCAGCAGCAGCCCCCCCAAGUGGCAAGCUCUCUCCCGCCAAACACCCCUCUGAUGCAGACCUCCGGCUUACAGAGAGGAGUGCAGCUCCCCCCGCUUUCGGUCACCGUCCCCUCUACAAUCCCACAGUCUCCUCCAGGCAGCCAGACCCAGACUUCAAUGGGAAUAGACAUCAGUUCGGGGUCUCUCCAGCAGUACCGCAGCAAUGCCGGCUCCCCGGCCAACCAGUCUCCCACCUCUCCUGUCUCCAAUCAAGCUUUUUCUCCUGGCAGCUCCCCCCAACAAACGUCCAUUCUGGGGAGCGUUUUCGGUGAAUCUUGUUAUGAUCAGCAGAUGACAACCAGGCAGGCGAAUGCUUUGUCCCAUCAGCUCGAGCAGUUUAACAUGAUCGAGAAUGCCAUCAGCUCCAACAGCCUGUACAGCCCGUGCUCCACCCUCAACUACUCCCAGGCGGCCAUGAUGGGGCUCACGGGGAGCCAUGGAAGCCUGCAGGACUCCCAGCAACUCAGUUAUGCCAGUCAUGGGAACAUCCCGAACAUCAUCCUAACAGUGACAGGAGAAUCUCCUCCCAGUCUUUCCAAGGACCUGACCAGCUCUUUGGCUGGGGUGGGGGAUGUCAGCUUCGAUUCGGAUUCACAGUUCCCACUCGAUGAACUUAAAAUUGACCCCUUGACCUUGGAUGGGCUGCACAUGCUGAACGAUCCUGACAUGGUCCUUGCCGAUCCCGCCACAGAGGACACUUUCCGGAUGGAUCGGCUGUAAAGGCGGAAGGCCUCCAGCACAGAGAAAGAAAGAGAGAAAGAGAAAACAGGCAGUAUCCCAGAAUGUCUGUGCCAUUCUGGGAGGGGGGGGACUGGCCUGCCUUGAUUGGGAGCGACUAAGAGCAGCAGCAGCAUCACCGUGUUCCAUUAGCAAAGCUCAUCCGACACUUACAGACAUGCUGUCCACCCCCCCACCCCUUCCCCUUGGUGCUGUCUUUAACCCUUCACACACCCCUCAGGGUUGGGAGAGAACGCUUUGCCAACUCCUCCCCAUUCCCUUUCCCCCCCCUCCUGCUUGUCACCAAAGUUCCAGCAUUUGGUUCUUUACCCUUUGCACUAAAAGGUUUAAAAGGUUCUUUUUGUGGGAGGGGCAGAGGAGUUUGAUCUCCCCCUUCUUCCAGGGUGGACUGAGUUAUCCAGAAGAUAAAUUAUUAUUAUUAUUAAUAUUAUUAUUUUUACAUUUCUGUAUGUAAAUUACCAAGUCUUUGGUUUCUGUUACAGAAACAGCCACCUCCGCAUGAAAUUGUGGGUGCUCGCAGGGAAGAGGGGCAGCUUAAUGGGCAUGAACCACCCCCUGUGGGUUCUAAAGCUCUCUUGUCAAUGUUGCUGAUCACCACGUAGAAGGGGAAAGGGGGUAAACAGUGGAGUCUUUUUGCUCCGUGACUGUCCAUGAUUGCUUCCCAAAUCUGCUGCUUGUAUAUGUUUUUUAAGGGGUACAAUGACUUGCACCUUCCUGCCCCCCUUUUUUCUGAGUCUGCUUCCUUCCUGUUCUCCACAUCUGCAAGCACUGACUAGGACAAGUCUGUGCUCUCCAUGGCACCUACGAGAAAACGCUAUUCACCUGUGGGGGGGGGGGCAUGCUAGAUUGCAUGAGCCACAGACUUUCCCCUCUGAACAGCAAGCACAUGAAGACAUUUUUUGGUCCAAGGCUUGGAUUGGCCUGGCUGGGGCGGGGCAGUCCCUUCUCAGUGGUACAUGCCGCUUCUAUAAUUUCAUUUCAUGCAGGGGAUGAGAAUCCGCAACCUGAAGCAGGUUGAGUAUCAUGGAGGUUUUUAUUAUUGUUGUUGUUACCAUUAUUUUUUAAAAAACUGUUAUCUCUUUAAGACAUGCAGCCUUUUGCAUGGAAGGUGUAAUUCUUGUCUGGUAUAAACUCUUGUAUCGUGCAUGAAGUAUCUGGCUAGUACAUAAAAUGAGCUAAAUCCAGUUGGGCUUGAUGGGUGUGCAAGGCCGACCCAGCAAGCAGUUUGGGUGGCAGGAUGCCAAGCUGCUCUUGAGGAUCCUACCCUGCCCUAGACCUUGGGGAUGAUGGGGCACAGGCCAUCGAUGCUGUUGUGCCCUUUUCACCAUUUUCUCAAAAAGAGACCUGAGUCAUACGCAGUGGUGAGAGAGUUUGGGAAAACGGUGAUGGAAGAGGGAUCCUUCCCCCUCCUGCAGCACGUACAGUUCAACACAUGGGGCAAAUUGUCUCCAACAAAUUUGGCAGGGGAGACCUUCCAUUUUCUUUGUUUCUGUUUUCAAAUUGAGUUUUAAGAAGGAAAAGCACUGAGCCAGGUGCCAGCUAUCCUCUGUGCACCUUAUGCUCAAGCCUUUCUUGUCCCGCUGACUGUUGCUGUGCAGGAGCUGGAGGCCGUGGCCCAUAAUCCAGUGUGGUUUUGUCUGGGGCCUCCUAGCGGAAUUGCUCCUCUUUGAACAGCCAGCCACUCUCAUGCUGUGACUGUUUGGUGAAGUGCCGAUCCCAAGUCUCCUUGGGUAUACUCAACCAGGUAGGCCCUGGGUUUUGUCCCUGGAGUAGAAUUCUCUUUAAAAUUAAUGUAUUUUUGUAAUUUGCAUGGAACACUCUCACUAGAAAAACGCCUCCUCUCUUCUGUGCUGAUGCAGUUCUUGCUAUGUUUGAGGGAGGGGUGGGGGGGAGAGCUGUGGUUAAGAUGAGGUGGAAACGGUUGCUUGUAGGUAGCAGGAGUUGCAGUUGUCCUUAAUGCUCAACCGCAGCAGCCUUCAGAAUUGAGGUUUAGGAGUAUUACCUGACCCAUUCUUGUCUGGCCUGUCGGGACAAGAAGGCCAUCUUGGUUGAAGCAGCUGAUUUUUCCCACAGUGUGCUCUUUUGGCUACAAGCUGGACAUGCAGACCGUCCACCUCCUGCGGAUGUUCUUUGGGUACCAAAUUCAGGAGCUGCUGUUGGUUCAAAUCCUGCCACCCUCUUACUCCAGGUUCUUGGACUGUCCCAGUGAGUUAUAGCUAGAUUUCCGUGUGUUCCCAGGACCCAUUUUGUUGCAAGGACCCCCACUCCCCUUCUGAGUGCACGUUUGCUCAACAUUUCGUCUGUGCCAUUGGUUUUUCAGUUUUUGCACUAAGGAAACAAAAGUGAUACGAAUUUGUGUUUUUGUUCAUUUUGGAGGUUUUUUAAAUGUACAGUCUUGUAAUUUCUUCUGUGUAACUCUUUUGGAUGAGUUUUUUUUUGUCCCCCUUUCGAUUCCUGAGAAACAAUUCUCUGUUUUAUAACACUUGUCAGUAUUUUAGCCUGAGCUCCAACGCAUACUCCCAGUGGUCUCCUUAUUUCAAGUUUGCUCUGGCUUCCUUUUGAGGAAGGCUGCCUUGAUUUACAAAACAAUAAUGAAACGUGAGGGUUCAAACGCUGGCCGCAUGGUCUUGAGAGGUCACGUCUCUUUUGGCCUCUGCCAAUACCGACUCCGUGGCUUUGUGUUGCUAAGGCGUGAAGAGCCUUUCCCUGGCGCAAGAGGCUCUCUGCCUCAUUGGAAAAUGCUGCCACUAGCAGAACCGAGCCACAGAAUCCAGCUCCUCAGCAUGGCUCUCUGUCUGUCUUGUUUUGCUUGUCUCGUUCCCUCGAACUUCAUGCAUUUUUAAUAUCUUCCUAGCUGUUAGUUCUUCUUUUUUUUAACGUUGAGCUAAAAUUAAAGGAUACAGCAUCCAGUUCUGGAAGAUCUGCGGCUCUCAAACUGUAUAAUUGUGUAAAGGAGAAGAGAUGUUAAAUUGCUUCUCCUUCCUUUCUCUCUUUCUUUCUUUCUGCUAAACAAAACAAACCUACACCUGUAUAUAGGAGAGCUUUGUGUAUUGAUAUCCUGUAAGUAAAUAUUUUACAAAAUGGCCUUAAUUUAAACACAUGCACACAGGUGAUAUUUAAAAAAAAAAAUCCCUAUUUGAAUGCAAUUUGUUGGGUUGCAGGGUGACAGAUGAGCAUUUAGGGACCAUUGCUUUGGAGAAAUGUUUAGCUUACAUUUGGGGAGGGGGAUGCUGGAGAUAAAAAUGAAAGAAGAUGGGGCUAGCACAAGGAAUUGGAGAUUUAGUGGGGAGUGGGUCAUCUCGCUCUAUUAUGCUCUCUUCAAUUGAGAGCAGUAUUGCUGCUUUUAUUUAAUUCAUUGAGAACCAAGGAAGUGAUUUCCACUUUGUUGUAAUUUAUUAUUUAUUCCUUUUUAAUCGUGUGGGUUUUAAAAAGAAAACGGGGUGAUAAAAGCUUAGAUUCACAGAUGUUUAUGCACGUGCCCAACAAUUGGAAGACAUGAGGGACAGCUCCAUCUUUCCCCUUCUGAACACAGCUGCACUGGAACUUGUUCCAGAGGGGGGCCAAGCUGGUCCCGUCAGGGAGUGCUGGGGGGCUGCAAGGGGGAGGCUCAGAAGCUUCAGACCCACCAGCUCCUCUUUUGGGGGCGGGGAUCUAGUCAAGUUCCUAGUUCUGUGCUGUGAAGAGAGGCUUGAAUGUAUUAGCCAGCUCCUGCUGGGAUACGAUUCCCGGUUGUUAGUAGCACACAGCUCAUUCCACGUUCCUUUUUUUUUUCCUUCCAAAAUUCAAAGUAAAUUAGCACAAGAAUAAACAUAUUUUUUUAAAAAAUGUACAGAACAUGAGAAUUCGUGGCAGGUUUAUUCAGUGGGAAUAAUGUUUCCCAGGUGGCGGGCUCAAUUUUCUUGGCAUCAUGUUUUGAUUGCCCUGGAAUAGAAGUUAAAUUUUAAAAACAAUGGAGAGUGUGCACAGCACCGGAUCCUGGUUGCAAAAAGCUCUCCGAGAUCUGGGGAAAGGUGCUACAUGCCACUUAGAGUUAUGAAGAGUAGAAUUCCAGUCCCUUGUUAGCACUCUUUCCAAACACUUGGCAUUUUUUCCUACCGAAUACUCAACACUCUCUCACUCCCUCUGUUUCUCCAUCUUAAAGACAUGAUUCUGUCCAUAUGACCCUGGUCAUGUGGAAUGCCUCCUCCCAGCCAAGUUUUAUUGGGUCAAGUAUGUGGCCAGAGCAAAAGAUGCCUUUCAGUUACCCUUGACAAUGUGGUAGCUAUGGCAGUUCUUCUUUCCUGAACCACUGGGAUGACGUGAGAUGCCCAGUUUGGGCAGCCAGAGAAGUUGAGGGUCUUGAGCUGGGGACUCUGGCGGCAGGACCAAGGCACUUUUCCUUCAGCAUUGGCAAGUGUAGGGAACUGCUGGCCUGCCAUUGGCUGUGCUGGAGCUUCCCCUCCUUCAGGGGGCAGGAAAGGUAGCACUACAUCUUUCAGGCGGGGUGGGGGGUGGGGGUUACAUGACCUAAAAAGCUGGUAAGGUCUGGUUCAUCAGGUUGAGCUCUUGGCACAGGGGACGCUCUGCCGAUUCUAGACUGUGUCCUGUUGUGCCUAUAGAUAUGUACCCAUGUUCAGUCUUGUGUUCUGUUUUGGAUUGACCGUUCCCAAGACGGACUCUCUAUACUCAGAGGCAGUUUACCUCUGAAUGCUAGAUGCUGGAAAGAAGCAACAGGGCUUCCAAGAGGCUGGCCACUGUUGGAAACAAGAUGCAGGACUAGUGGAUGGACUUUGGGUCUUCUCCAACAGGGCUUUUCCUACACUGGGGGUGGGGGAAUCACACACGUGCACAGCCCUCAAAAGGCAAACUUAGGGGUCAGUUCUGAAUACUGCAUGCACAGGUAAAUGCAGGCAGCAUCAACCGUGAUUAUUACCGCUCGGGCUUUCUGCAUGUUAGCAAUCCGCUUGCUAGGCUGUUUGAAAACCUUCCCUUGUGCGCGGAUGGGAUGUUCUCCUUUUGAAUGGUUUUGCUUUCUGGAGGAAAAGGCAGCAAGCCGAGACCGAAGUGUUCUUUUUUUAAAGUUGUUUUGCUUUCGGUGGUUAAAGUGUUCAGCGCCUGAAGUUGCUGGCACACACUCUUUGCUUGAAAACAGUCGUCUUGUGGCCACUGUUCUUUUUAUCCCCACCCCCACCCCCGGUGCCCUAAGGUGGCAGUUUUCAAACUUUGCUCCAGGGAACCCAGUGUGACAACUGACUUGCCUUAAAAUUCUUGCCCCUUUCCCUUCCUUCCACUACCAUGCUAAAUCCCCUGUAAUCAAUGAGGCUUUCUUGGCAUAUGGGUGAAAAUGGGAAAUUUCGCAGGGAGGAGAUUGUGUUCAGUGUUAAUGAUUUGAAGACUUCCCUUUAGAACGAAACAUCGUUUGGAGAAGGAAACACUCUGGUUACUCCUCCCAACCCCAUAGUUCUUAAUACCGAAAGAGCUUGAAUUCAAACUUCCCUUGUCACUGUGACAGUGUUGUGAAACAGCAAUUUAAUAUUUAUGUAUGCAUUUUUAAUAAGAAAAAUUUACAGUAGAAAAAUUAAGUGGGCACGAGUUGGUAUUUCACUACCCUACAAUGGCCACCAAUUAACAUGGUGUAUUAUAAAACCAUUUCUACUUUUUUAAUUAAAAAAGUAUCAUUUAUGUGGCAUUUUUUAUAUUGCAAGAGAUGGGGGGGGGAUAUCCAACACUACAUCGAGGAAUUUGCUGAUCUGUGUUGUGUGUUCUAUUUAUUUUUCUUCUUUGGGGAAGGGAAGGGUUGUGUUUAACUGUGGUGUACAUUUGCUUUAUAUAUACCUGUAAGGUGGCAUCCCACAAAUCUGUUCCACCAGCAGUGGCACCUUCCCCUGAUAUUAAGUGUCUCACCAGUUGUCAUAAGGACACCUCCUUAUGAUGGAGGAAAUCAUCAUUGCUGGCCAAACAGAUCCAUGGUAUCUAGCCUGUAAAUCUAUCCAUCUGUAAAUCCAUUCGCAUGGCCAAUUUUUCACUAAUUAAGGAAGGCAUACAGAAAGCAAGAUGUAUAACAAUCAUCCAGUGUAUUAAGCACAUGCAUGGUGCAGAGGCUGUGCCAUUGCCCCUGGCCAGGGAGCACAAUGCUGUUCAUAGGGAGGCCAGAUGUUAAGUAAUGGAUACAUUUCUCUUGCUUUUAUUCUGUAUCCCACCCAGUUGCUUGCAUCGGUUGUUUUUCCUGAUGCUCUUUAGAUGGGUUGAGGAACCCAAAAGCAGGCAGGGUGCAAUAUGUCAAAGAUUAACACUUUCUCUUCUCCCGAGGUUUUCUGUAACUGCAGCAGUUAGUCAUUGGCUAGGACGCAGCAUAAGAUUGCGCAGGGAGCUUGUGCGCUGUCUGGAGGUCCUUGGCGCAACAGUGAGAGAGAAAGUGGUGCUCGAGGAGGUCCUGAGCAGUGGAAGUCAUGCAACAUACAUGUGAGAGGUGCAGUCCAAAGGACCUGUGCCUGAUGGCGCAAAGUGGAUUGCUGUUGGUUUUGAUCUCUCAUGUAGGUUGGUUUUGAUCUCUCAUGCAACAGAUGAGCAGAAAUUCCUGGACGGGGAGGGAUGUCCCAUGACAUUCAGAUGUUGCCUGCCAAGCAGGCUGUUGGCUUGGGAUGCCCGGUCUUCCUCUGCUCCAGUUUUAAGGGAGGGCCUUUGCUUUUGUCCUCCUUUAAGACACACAGGAAAGAAAGGAGCAGCGUGGGAACAAACUGUAAGAAAAUUCUGUAGUAAUGAUUAUGAAGUUCUUUGCAGCCUCUGUGCGUUGUAGAUGACAAAUUUAAAAGCUUGAUCCAAACAUACAGUGAAAUGUUUGUUCUCUUCCCCUUCCACAUUUGUUUUGGGGAAGGGAGGGUUGGUAGAAGUGUGUGUCCACGCGCACCAUCUUUCCGUAUUCCUCAAGCUGAAUUAAAUCACAGGCCAUUUCCACACACGUUGAAUAAUGCACUUUCAAUGCACUUCAGCAGUCCUUUAGAAGUGGAUUUUGUGUUUCACACAUGAAAACUCAGUUCCAAAUGAUCAUUAAAGAGCAUUGAAAGUGCAUUAUCCAAUGUGUGUGGAAGCAAGCACACUUAGAACGCAGAAUAGUUUCCUGUAACAGAAGGGGGGGGGGAUUAGUUGACUUGAGUGUUUGAACACUCUCCAUUUUGUCAUCCAGAGAAGUUCCAGGUGCAGUUUUCCUUUGGGUUGUCUCAUAACAUUGAGUGGGGUGGAGAUGGUCAGAAACAUGGGGGUGGACACGACCAGAGCGCCUGAGAAUUCUUAGUGCAGUCACUGAGUUCUUUUGCAGUAGGCUGGUGAAAGCCACCAUUUUGGGGGCAACAAAAUUCCUGACAAUGGCAGUGGGCAUUUCACAUCAGGAAAUCUCAUCAGCUUGUAGAAAUACUGCCUAGGUACUUCCUUUCAACGUCUUUGUUCCAAAAGGAAAGGGUAUCCCUGUGUGCUCUGUCACUCCUGACGCAUCUUGGUUUGGAAAAGAACCACUGUGUGGUUGACCCCAAUAUUUCCUGCUGAGCUCUCAGGGAUGGCAUGGAAUGACUCCACCUACUUUGGGAAGCAAACUUUCCAGCAGUCAGUGUGGAUUAGCUUGCAGUGGCCUCUGCAUAGGAGGUGCACUGUUUUGGAUCUGUGCGGAGACGAUCAGGAGAAAAAAGGGCUUUUAAAGAUAUUUUGGGCAUAGGGAGAGGGAACUGCCUGCCAUUCAGAAAUAACAGUUUUAUUCAGCAAGCCAAAAUGCUUCUUGAUUAGGGGAAUAAGACAUACUUAAACUUUAUUUUAGUCUCUAAUAGUUGCAAAACACUCUACACGGGCACGAGUGGCUGUACCUUGAUCAUAAUUAUCCACAUUUUAUACUGUUUUAGGUGUAUUACUUAGAGCCAGCGAGACUCUCUGAUAUUAAAUCAGUCAUCAUUUACUUAAUUCUAGCUCGUGGGGGGAGUAGCUAUUAAAGCAUGGAGUUAUUUUUCCAAAUGUCUGAUGGGACUUCUGUCAAAGACAAACUCUGCACAGAUCUGUGAGUGUAAAAUAAUAUGGGUGCAAGGGAGGGGAAUGGAAUUUAUCCAAAUAAAGUAACUGUGGCUGUGUGUAGCAGCUUCUCUUUUGGAUAGGCAGCUAAAAAAACAACUUCAUUUUUAAUGGGGGGAACAGUUUUGCUUUUCUGUAUUUUUGGGUUGUGUAACAUCCUGUUCUUUAGGGUUUUUUUCCAAAUCAUGACAACUAGUGGAAUGACUUUACUGAUAUAUGCAAAUCCUACCAUUUGAGCUACAGGUUUUCGGGGGGGAAGGGGCAGGAGCACAGGAACGCUGGAGCAUAGAAGCUUAAUUAAUUGUGGCUUUCUCUCUUGGCAAAAAAACAAAACCAAACCCGGAACCCUGAAGGUGGCUUUGUGAGUGUGUGUUUUUUCCUUCUUUUUGCAAACUUAAGAACAUGACAAUGAUGUGAAAAAAACAACAGCGCAAUUCUGUGUAUAUUCUUUUUCAAUCUCUUUAUUUUUGUUCGUUUGUUUCCUUAUUUUUCUGUGAAAGCUUUUGGUCUUUGUAACUUUGCAUUAUUUGUAAAUGAAAAAUGUAAUAAAGUUCAACUGUUUUUCUCUCUG